AUGUCGAAACUAAAUUACAUAAAAGGCGACCUUUUCUCCCACAAAUCACUGGCCUCGUCUAUUCUAGCCCACGCUUGUAAUUGCCGUGGCUCAUGGGGAGCUGGAGUGGCUGCAAUUUUCAAAAAGCAGUUUCCAUCGACUUACAAAUUGUAUGUGGAGCACUGUAAGAAACAUGCUAGUAAUCCGAGUGGGCUCUUGGGUUCCACUUAUCUCAUCAAAUCAGAGUCCAGUGAUCCUGGAAAUUCAGGAAGAGAGAAUGUGGCAUAUGUAGCGUGCAUGUUCACCAGUGAUGCAUUCGGCAGAAGAAAGAAUAGCGCUGACGAUAUAGUGGAAAAUACCGACAAAUCGAUGCUCCAUCUCGAGUCCCAGUUAGCAGAAUUGGCCAAGACUGAACCAAUUGAGCAGCAGGAUGGUGUCAAUGUGGUCAAUAUGCCGAAAAUCAAUGCAGGUCUUUUCAAUGUUCCAUGGGAAGAGACCGAAGCGGUGUUGAAGAAGCACCAAGUUUUGAUCAAUGUGUAUGUUAUUUAA